UAUAAAUCUAUGUGUACACAUAAUCGAUUAUAUAUGUAACAUUUUUUAUAACGAUUAUAUACGUAACGUUUUUUAUAACAAACAUACAUGCUAGUAUAAUAUUUGUAUAAAUUUUACUUAAAUUUUGCAUGUGAAUUUUCUAUCUUUAUUUUACAUAUACUACUAAUGUGUCAGUGAUAGGUGACAGGUGACAUAUGAUAUGUAUCGUAAACAGUGCCAUGUAGUUUUGCACGCGAUUAAUAAUAAAUAACAGUUUAAAAAUUUUAAAUAAAUAAUCGAAUUAAUUAAUAAAAUAACUCGAUAAAAACGUGAUACUCCAUUACUUGUAAUUAUUAUUGUGCAUGUGUGAUGCUAUAAAAUCUCAUUACAUCGUUUAACUCCAAUGUUUAUCAAACUUGUUUGUACAUGAUAUCUGUAUAAAAUAAUAUAAACUAGUAAACCAUAUAAUGAUACAACAUUUGAUCCUAUGAGGCCUAGGAAUCAAUUAUAACGAACUUGGGGUCUGGGUGGGAUUCGAAUCUGCGUUAACACUCUUACUCUUCGCCUCAGGCGAGUUUCGGUGACGUAGCGUGCAUGGCCACCCGCCGCCCAUAUAAACUAAUAAACAAUAAACAAUGUUGUUACACUGUAAUAUUGAGAUUUAUGAUAGAAUAUUAUCGUCACGUAGAAAAUCGCAACGUUCUAUAUUAACGUACGCUAAGGUUAAGAAUGAUGUAUACUUUCGUUUAUCGACACGGUCAAACAAGCAAGGAGUUCAUUACAAGAUAAAAAACAACAUAAGACAAGUGUUUACGAAAUUUAUAAACAAUGGCAAAGCUACAAUAAGCUUAAUCGGACCCUGUCAUGAUCUAAUAAUUCAGAGCGAUGCUAUUCAGAUGAAAAGCUUUCUUAAUGUAUUAAAACAUAUAUGUAAAAACUGUACAAUGGAUGGAUAUUGCAAAGAUAUAGAUAAAUAUAUUAGCUCUUUCACAACUUUCAGUUCAAAUCAAUUUUUUUCAUUGAACAAAGUUGUGGUAAAGAAAAAAUCUGAAUAUCCAAUUUUACAAGGAUUCCCAAAAACGACUGAACAACUUUUUUUGAGUGGAUUGAAUAGAAAAUCCUUUGAUCGACAAAUUCUGACAUUGCAGAGUUUAAGACUUUUAGAUUUAUCAAACAAUGACAUUUCUUUCUUACCAAAGGAGUUGGGCACUUUGCCUCAUCUUCAAAGUCUUAAUUUGUCGCAUAAUAAACUUGGAAAAUCUGCUCAAUCUAAAUGGACUUGGCUACAGCAAGUCGCACUUAAAAACAAUUUAUAUAUCCUAGAUAUUAGUGAUAAUUUGUUAACUGAAUUACCACUACAAAUUGGACAGCUAAAAGUUCUAAGAGAAUUGAAAAUUCGUAACAACAACUUAAUACAAUUACCACAAAAUAUCGGAACUUUGAAUAAAUUGGAAUUCUUGGAUGUGGCAGAAAAUAAUUUAGAGUUCUUACCAGCAAUGAUUCAAUAUUUGACUUUGUCAACUAUAGAUCUUUCUGGGAAUUUAUUCUGUCAGGAUUAUGCUGUUCAAGUUAAUAGGAAGAGCACUUCAGACACAUUGCCAAGUCUUGUUGAAUUGUCAGCUAAAGAAGUUCUAAAAUCCAGAAUAACAUAUGAUGCAAGUUUAAUACCAUAUACAUUAGUCCAAUAUUUAGAUAAAGGCAAAUAUUGCUUCUCCUGUAAAAAUGUCUGUUUUUAUUAUUAUUCAAAAAUUUAUUCAGACUUUCGUCAACAUGAGUAUACUGUUAAAAUGUUAUGUCCAAGCAAUCGCCUUAUCAAAUAUAAAUAUUACUUCUGUUCUAUAGAAUGUUAUAAUAAACUAUAUAUGUUGUUUUUUGACUUCUUGGGCAGGUAGUCAUAUAAGUACUCAAAUGUAUUAUUAAUAAUUUUAUACCAAUAUUGAUAUUAUAUAAAAAAUAAA